UAAGGCUGAAAGAAUGACUUGUAAAAUUUGUAGCUUAAUUAUGACACCAGUGGCUGAAGAAAACAUUGAUACAAUUCAUUCAGCAUUGAAGGGAAAAUAACUAUAAGCAAGAGCAGUAUGGCUAUGGGCAGUCGACUUAGUCAUUCUUAUCAAAGCGAAGAAAGCAGACAAUAUGGAAUGAACAAUGCCAUGUCCGUUCCGCAAUAUUCUUCUGCGUUGUCCAGCGCAUCUCCUACGUCUUCAUCCACAAUGGCCGUUUAUAGCCUUCCUAGCCAAGGUGAAAAUCAUAGACAAACUUCUUUGAUUGACAGUCACCGUCAGUCUUCAAUGAUGAUGAAUCUCAGUGAAUCACACCCUUCUCAAAGUCACAUGCAAAUGAAUGGACACCAUAUGGGUCAUCAUCAAGAAACUAGAGGAAGUGGGGCAUAUGAAGGCCACCCAGUUGAUCUUUCUAGUCCUCGUCCAAAUGGUCACUAUGAUCACAUGAAUAUGGGAAAUCAUCAAGGAAGCUCUGCGCAUUAUAGGUCUCAUGAACCACCUUCAUAUGAGAAUGGACUUGCAGUGAAUAUGUCUGGGUGCAAUGACAGUUCAAUGCAGUAUGCUUCUGCCCAAGAUAAGCACAAUGGGGAUCAACAUCAACUCCUAUCAAUAGGCAAUAGUGCAUCUCUUGGUAAUCCAAUGCUACAUCAUUCUCCUCAUCAUGGAUCACCAAACCCAUUACCUACUCCUCCUCCAAGUUUAGAUGAUCGUAAUAGACAGAGAUGGAAUGAUCAAAGAUUAUCAAGAGAUGCCAUGAAAAAAUAUUUGAGAGAACGUGGUGAUAUGGUUAUUGUCAUCCUUCAUGCUAAAGUGGCUCAGAAAUCAUAUGGAAAUGAAAAGAGAUUUUUCUGUCCUCCUCCCUGUAUUUAUUUGUUGGGUGAUGGUUGGAGGAGAAAGCAAGAGCAGAUGGCUCGAGAUGGUGAAAGUGAUCAAGGUUCUCAUUUAUGUGCUUUUAUUGGAAUUGGAAACUCAGAACAAGAUAUGCAACAGCUUGAUUUCAAUGGCAAGAAUUAUUGUGCUGCAAAGACCUUGUUUAUAAGUGAUUCUGACAAGCGUAAGCAUUUUAUGCUGUCUGUAAAAAUGUUUUAUGGAAAUGGGGAAGAUUUGGGCAUGUUUCAGAGCAAGCGGAUAAAGGUGAUAUCUAAGCCAUCAAAAAAGAAACAGUCUCUAAAAAAUGCUGAUCUGUGCAUAGCUUCAGGUACAAAAGUUGCUCUUUUUAAUCGUUUGCGGUCUCAGACAGUCAGCACCAGGUAUCUUCAUGUUGAAAAUGGAAAUUUUCAUGCAAGCUCUACUCAGUGGGGUGCUUUUACAAUUCACCUAUUGGAUGAUAAUGAAUCAGAGUCUGAAGAAUUUACUGUAAGAGAUGGAUACAUACAUUACGGAUCAACUGUAAAACUUGUUUGUUCUGUGACUGGAAUGGCUUUGCCAAGAUUGAUUAUAAGAAAAGUGGACAAACAAACUGCUUUAUUAGAUGCCGAUGAUCCUGUCUCCCAGCUACAUAAAUGUGCCUUUUAUAUGAAAGAUACAGAACGGAUGUACUUAUGCUUGUCCCAAGAGAGGAUAAUCCAGUUUCAGGCUACACCUUGCCCUAAAGAACCUAACAAAGAAAUGAUAAAUGAUGGAGCUUCAUGGACAAUUAUUAGUACAGAUAAGGCAGAAUAUACAUUUUAUGAAGGUAUGGGUCCUGUGAGAGCACCAGUUACUCCUGUUCCAGUAGUCCAUAGCUUAAAUUUGAAUGGUGGAGGUGAUGUCGCAAUGUUAGAACUCUCAGGGGAAAGUUUUACUCCAAAUUUAAGAGUAUGGUUUGGGGAAGUUGAAGCAGAAACAAUGUACAGGUGUCAAGAGAGUAUUUUAUGUGUAGUUCCUGAUAUUUCUGCCUUUCGAGAAGGUUGGCAGUUUGUUCGACAACCAACACAGGUUCCUGUUUCAUUAGUUCGCAGUGAUGGCAUUAUUUAUGCCACUGGGUUGACUUUUACUUAUACACCAGAACCUGGCCCAAGGCCCCACUGUCCACAAAUUGAAGAAGUUUUACGACCUCCUACAUUACAUAAUCAAAUGACUGAAAGCAUGGGUCAUUCUCAAAGUUCAGUUUUGAUGCCUCCUCAAAGUUACCAUGAUCAUAACCUAUGAUCUUGAAUUUUUAAUGCAGUGCUGGAAAAUAUAUUAAGGCCAUGUAUAUGACAUCAUUUUUUCCAAUCUGCUUUUUGAAUGUUUUGUAAAUAUAAGCACAUUGCAAAAAAUGACAGCUUUAAAUAUAGUAGAACCCUGAGUAUAAGUUAUCCCGCUUCUGAUGUCAUUUCCUGCUGGUUUUUGAAAAUAACACUACUGAUAAUGUUAAAAUAUUCCACAUUUUUC